ACGUUAGUGGGAAGGGUUAUGGGCACAGAGACAUACUCUCGGGUGUUAUCAAAGAUAUGACCCCUACAGGCUCUAGCCGAUAUGCUGUCAAGGAAUGGGUCUUGACAGGUUCAUGUACCAGGCACCUGGGUGGCUCUCUAACAAUAUAACCUGGGGAUGUGCACCUUCAUUUUUGGUGUAUGCACACUGGACCAUUAAAUCUAUGUAUUCAAUAGCAAGCAUGGUCUGGAUUAAUACGAGUAAAUGCGAUACAUCGUGUCUGCGACUUUGGUCUAAUAUUUUCUAUGUAGUUUGUACUGUGAGGAAUGUUGCUAUUUGUGAGGAUUUGUUACAAUUGAUGUCUGUAGGUACGGCCAGUAAAUUCGCCUCCCUGAUACAUUGUGAAGCUCUAGGGAUUGUUAUUUUCUGAACAACCUUAUUGAGUUUGUUGGAAUGUCAAAUGCAGAGUCAUUUAGAAACUUUU